UAAAGAGUGCGCCCAAAUUGGUAUACAACUGUUCAAGAUAUCCAGGAUACGAGUAAAGCAGUAUAUAGACCUAUUUCUGUGUGACGUCACAUUGUUGUCAUUACCAGGCCUCAACGCGGACUGGAGUCAAAACAAACCGCGAUUUGCUGUGAAAUGCAUAAAUAAUUGCUUCUUCCUUGUUCUCAGAUAUACUGAAAUAAAUAACAAGCUUGUUUUCCCUCUGACUUGUAUCUUCUAUAAUAAAUCUAAUGUUUUGAUUCUGUUUUUUUUCUACUGGAUUGUAAAGACGAAGGUUUCAGAAAAAUAUAAAAACAAUCAUUAUGGCUACGUAUAACAAUAUCAUUUUCUCUUUAUAGUAUCUUUUGAUUGGUUGCAACGAAAAGGUGUGGGGUAUCGAGUCAAACAUGAUUGCGAUUUUUUUUUUCUAGGAACCAAUCAUUUUCCACUUCAAAGUUGAAUGUGCACGUGAGUCUAAAAAAUGCUCACGUUUUUCAAAAAAAAAAACAACUAUGUUUCGAGAAGCAAAAAAAAGAAGAAAAUUCCCGCCUUUUGGAUUAGAGUGUGAUUGAAGAUGGUUGAAAUAUGGAAAGAAGAAUCCCCGUAUUUUAAAACACUAAUCUUAGAAGAUCGUUUGCAUUAUAAAAAAAAAUUGACACUCGAAAAUGAGGUUCUUUUAGAAGACCCUUUCAACAUAGAGGAGGGUAACUGGACCACUGAUGUUAAACAGCUGCCUGAUGUUUGUUACCCUGAUAUUUGGAACUAUCUCAUUGAAACGCCAAGUGAAUUCACAAAAGACAAAAUGAAAGCUUACAAAUCCCUUGAAUCGUACAACUUUUUUGUUUUGGGACACGUACAUCAAGUUUAUAUUCACAAGAUUGAACACCAAAAUUUUUCUUUUGUCAAAACUAAAGUUUUACCCAGUCAACGACAAGGCCAGAAAGAAGUUCUCUAUGAAGUUUGGGUUUGCAUACACAAAAGUGGAUGGAUAUUAAGUGCCAAUUGUACUUGUAUGUCGGGGCUCGGUUCAGCUUGCAGUCACACUGGGGCAUUACUAUUCAAAUUGCAAGCAUGCACUCAGCUUGAGCUCAACAAAGAGGAUGCUUGUACUAGUAAGCUGUGUGAAUGGAACAAGGCAAGAAAGCGUGCCCAUCCUGCACCCUUACAUAAAAUCAAUUUUAAACGUCCCAAAAAGAACGAGAAAUUACCUAAAAUUGCCAGCCCAUUCAAAGGAACUCUUGAAGGAUUUAGUCGUGCAGAUCCUGUUAAAUUUUGUCAUGACUCCCAAAUUACAAUAUUAAAAGAACUAAAGCAAAUAACUCCUUAUACAGCAGUUCUAACAUGUAUCAGUCUCAAAUUUCGUGAUGACCCUAGUUCAGGUGAAGAUACAGAUACUGCAUAUGAAACUGAAGAAAAUACUGUGCCUGAACUGUUAACCAGCUUUUUUGACCCAUGUAGUGUGAACUACAGUGAACAAAAGAUUUCACAAGUUUGUGAUAAACUUUACAAAAAUUACAAAGGACAAACAGAUCAAAAACAAUAUGAUAAUUUAACUAAAAUAACUAAAGACCAAAGCCAAUCAAAUAAAUGGAUGCUUUAUCGUGCUGGAAGAAUCACUUCAUCCAACUGCAAGAAAGCAUAUACAUGUAAUAUUCAAAAACCAGCAAUUUCAACAAUAAAAUCUAUCAUGCAAUACAAUGAAAAUAUUUCAACUCCAUCAAUGAAAUAUGGUAAAGAAUCAGAGCCAAAAGCCUUCAAAAGUUUUAAUGAAAUGAUGAAAACUAAGCAUGAAAAUUUUACAGUGGAUAUUACUGGUCUUCAUAUCAAUGAAAAAUAUCACCAUAUUGGAGCAAGUCCUGAUGGCCUCACGUUUUGUAAAUGCCAUGGAAAAGGGCUACUAGAAAUCAAAUGUCCCUUCAAUUUUCAGCAUGGCUUAGAAAACUAUAAGACCCAUAAAAACUGUCCAAUAACAAAUUAUGACAAAAUGAAGGAAACCCAUGAAUAUUACUUUCAAAUGCAACUCCAAAUGUUGGUGACAGAAAGGAAUUAUUGCUACUUUUUUGUUUGGUCCAAAAAAUUUUUAUAUCAAUAUGUGUUGAUAAAAAUGAAUUAUUUUGUGAAUCACUAAGAGCAAAAAUUGACAGCGUGUUUUUCAAAAUUAUACUUCCAGAGCUAGUAUCACGUAAAAAUGACCAAGCAAACGAUGAGUCUCAAAAGCUGUAUUGUUAUUGCAAACGUCCCUGUUUUAAGCCAAUGAUCGCUUGUGAUAACGCUGAAUGUAAAAUUACAUGGUUU